CGCUGGGUGGGGAGGUGUCACGCCCAGAGAUUCGACAUCCCGAAUCACCGGCUAUCUGCACAUUUAACCUCUGUCCAGGCAUCAACCAGAGUACACGAACGACAAUUUGAUACAGUUCCACGACUUACAAAAAUAUAAAAUAAACUCACAAACGCAUUGGAAAAACUAAAGACUAUCUAAACUUAAUCUUCACGACAAAAGCGUAGCUUCCUCCAAAUCCACAGGCAAAACCUCGACAUCUGGCACAAGCUUAAUCCUCAUAGAACUCACCAUCUGAUAUAUUCUCUGCUUCUGGGGGAUUGGGAAAAAUAAAGCAAGACUGAGUACAACCACCGUACUCAACAAGUCAUACCAAGGGGAAGGUAUGAUGCAAUGAUAUCACGAAGGAAUAGGCUAUAGGAUAUUUUGAAUGAAAGCAACAUUUAUAAAUCAGAAGUUGAAAGCAGUAAAACAAUAGAUAUAAUUAAGCAGCAGUAUUAACCAUCAUCACUAUACAACGCUAAGUCCAGAUUGAAACAGGCCCAACCAAACCACCUGAACUACACCAGUUCAAUAAGUCAAAUUAUUAAGGUGAGACUAAUCACGGUGAGCUGGUUGACUGCCCAAUAACCGCGGGCACGGCUAUUCGAAUAGUUUUACUCUGAUAAGAGGUGUACAACUUUACCCACAAGACAUGAUUCCACACAUGUUACCAUUCCCCGAAGUACCGCUACGAUACUGCAAAGGGGGAAAUCGUGACAUAACCCUCCAUAUAUCCUCCUCUAACCAACACAUCCACCUCCGGUUUCACCCCAUCCCUAUAUAGGCGAUGGGCAGUCCCCGCUCGUGCCUAGGUAAAUCCGAAAGCAGCAUAGACCAAUAUACAGUUCCAUCCAUACUCCAUCAUGCCCACCCUUGCCAACGGUGUGUUAGCUAGAAAAGAUUAUACUUAGAUCAAACCCGGAGCCCAUCAGGCUUGUGGAUAGUACGAGUUUAUCUUCUAGGGAUUCCCGAGAACCGGUCCUUAAUUGUCAUGGGUGCCACUUGCAAAACCAUGCACCCACGACCCACCAAUAUAACAUGUUUUAGUUAAUUAAUUAUAUACCAUGGUGGUAUAAUAUCAUAAUAAUAAUAAUAAUUAAGGACUAAAUUAUAAUGAAUCCCAUUGUGAGCUAAUUGAUCUAAGCAUGGCUAAGCAUUUCUAAACCAAUCAUCUAGUCAAAUUAAUAUCCCAGGCUAUUAAUUCAAUUAAGGUAUUCAAAAGGCUGAGUACGGGUAAAUUCCAUCCCACAUGACAUUAUGAAAAUAAUGCAAUUUUAAGAGAAAAGCAGGGACUUUGCAAAUGGGUACAAUAUGAUCAAUGAUAUUCGUAUGACUUUCCUUGCUCUUGAGCUGACAGAACCUUGGCAACCACUUCAAAAUAAACUGGAGCAUUGGAACUGCUGGAUUCUAAACGACAAACAAGGCACACAAUAAAUACAAGCUAUAAAGCUACUGAAACAGCAAAAGAAACCAAUUUUAAUGGAUUCUAGACAUUUUAACGAAUUUACGGCAAUUUGAAUGGAUUAAAACGGAGCUCGAAUGAAUUAUAUAUGAAUUUUACAAGAUGAAAUGUGUUAUUACUAUUAACCGAAAAACCUUAUUCAUUUAUCAUAUAUUAAUGCCAAAAAGGAAUAGGAUCAACGGAAAUAUAACAUUGGUAAGCAAGCCUCAUGAGACUCAACGAGUCAAUUCUACGUGACACGGGACCAUCCAAAUGAUCAACUGAAACCGGCGAACGGAACCGGCGGCUCUGAACGGUUUCAACUAGGGAAUGAUUCAAAACAACCGAACGAACAAAGCACGGGACGACACUUCGUUCGAACGAACAGUUAACGGAAAGACGGAUGGCUAUGACUAAAACGGUAGGCUAGACGCGAUUCACGGUAGAGCCUCGGUACGGCAAACGAUAGGCGGCAGGGGACGGUGGCUUGGUGGAGGUGGCUAGGGUUUAGUGAUUAUGUGGGAAAUAAGAAUGUGAUGUGGGGAUUGCAGUAUGCCCGGCGUCGUGACAGGAAUCCUGAUCGGCGACAACACGCGUGACGAGUAACAGUGCAAUACGAAUAGGAAUUCGGUUAGAUUAAGUUUGUUAGGAUUUGUCAUUUUAUCAGUUUGUUAGGAUUUGUCAUUUUAUCUUCCAAGGUUUGUUAGAGUUUGUUUCUGAUUUGUAAGACAUCCCCACUAUAAGUAUUGCGGCAGAUGCAGAGUAAUAAUCAAUCAAGCAAUUUGUGAUCAUAUCAGUUCUUGCCCUGCCUCGCUGGUGCGUCGCCGAUCACGGCACCGCCGCGCCGACGAGGUGCAAGGCCACGUCCCUCCACUUCCUUCAAGUAUAACCUUCGACAUAUUCCUUCAUCCAAUCUAGCUCGUGACAUCUUGGUAUCAUAUUCCUCUGGUUCCGAUUCCAUGGCCUCCACACAAAACCAGUUAGAUGAGAUAGCAAAAAACCUCACCUCCAUGGCUGCCCAAAUUUCUGAUCUCGCUCGCAAGAUGAGUGCGCUGGAGCCAUUGGUGCCGCUCGCAGCAAAGCUUGAUGCAUUGCCGGACCAGGUGACUCAAGUCCAGGCGUCUGCAUUUGAAUAUUCGGAGCAGGUCCGUGCGCUUCACCUCGCCGUCCAGCACCGGGUUCCUCUAGCUCCGCGCCUCGCCAGCCGCACGACGACAAGCCAUUCGACGACACCGACGCGUGACGCGAACGCCACGGCGACGACAUGGCGGUCGACAACAACUUCCUGCCUCGCACCAAGCUCGAGUUUCCCACGUACGAUGGCAAGGGCGAUCUGCUACCAUGGCUAAAUCACUGCGAGACCUUCUUCCGCGGCCAGAAAACUCCGGACUCCCGCAAGGUUUGGUACGCGUCUUUGCAUCUAAUAGGAGACGCUCACUUAUGGUAUUACAGGCUCGAGCUCGAUUCCAGCGAGCCGUCGUGGCGGCGUUUUGUCCGGUUGGUGCAUACGCGGUUUGGACCGCCCAUGACGGACAGUCUACUUGGCGAACUAACGGCGCUGCGGCGCACCGGCACGGUCGAGGACUAGGUCAACAGUUUCCUCGCCCUGGUGUGCCGCGACGUCGAGCUCUCCGAGCCCCAGCAGAUUCAACUCUUCAUGGCGAGCCUCGUCAACCCCCUCAAGACGGACGUCGCGCUUCGCCGACCAUCCACUCUCGACGACGCGAUCAUGCUCGCCCAGGCAUACGAACAACGCCUCCACUUGGGCGCCACCGACCCUAUUCCCGAGCGAGCUGUCCGCGCACUGCGCAUGGUGCUGCCUGCACCAUCCACGGCGUCUUCAACGCCAUCAACUGACGCUGCGUCGACGACCGCAUCCGGCAAGCAGCCCCUGGUGGCAGCACUUCCACGCAAGCACCUGUCACCGGUAGAGAUGGCACAACGACGCACCGAGGGCCUCUGCUACAACUGUCAUGAAAAGUACGUUUCCGGGCAACACUGCGAGAAAUCCUUCAUCAUCGAGGUCAUCAGCUUCCCCGACGACACGGAGGGCGAGGACGACCCGCCACCGGCGGCCAACACAAUCUUGGCUGACGCUGGCAAGCUGCUCAUCUCCUUACACGCCCUGGCCGGUAUCCGCGCACUCAUGUUCAACACCAUCAAGGUGUGUGCAUGCGUCGGGACGGUGGACUACCUCGCUCUCCUCGACUCCGGCUCCAUGCACAACUUCCUCAGCGAGACGGUAGCACACGUGCGAAUAUCAUCCUCUAGCCGUGCCCCGGCCUCCGUGUCACCGUCGCGAAUGGCGACCGCGUCGCCUCGCUGGGACGCUGCCCGGCAUAGCACGUCGUCAUCGGCACGUCCGCUUUCGACGUUGAUUUCUACUCCCUUCUGUUGGGAGGGUAUGACAUCGUCCUGGGCGCACAUUGGCUCGGCACGCUCGGUCCGACGCUGUGGGACUUUGCUGACCAAUCGUUUUCGUUCGGCACAGGUGACAACAAAGUGACAUGGGUUAGCGUUGACGCUCCGUCACCCUUAACACAUGUCAUCGCUCUCGACGGUGCGCCAGACGAACUGAUGGCUGAGGUGCUCGACGACUUCCGCAUUCUCUUCAACGACCCGCACGGUCUACCACCGGAGCGCCACUUGGGUGUCCGCCGUAGCCGUCCGGCCCUACCGCUAUGCCCACAUCCAAAAGGAUGAGCUUGAGCGACAGUGUGAUGAGAUGCUUCGCUAAGGCGUCAUCCGGCCAAGUUCGUCGGUGUUCUCAUCUCCGGCAUUGUUGAUCAAAAAGAAGGAUGGCUCGUGGCGAUUCUGCGUUGACUACCGGGCUCUCAACGACAAGACAAUCAAGGAUAAAUUUCCUAUCCCGGUGGCGGAGGAGUUGUUCAACGAGCUGCGCGGCGCCAGGUUCUUCACCAAGCUCGACAUGCGCUCCGGCUAUCACUAAGUACGCAUGCAUCCAGAUGACGUCCACAAGACGGCGUUCUGCACUCACCAAGGGCUGUUCGAGUUCCUCGUCAUGCUGUUCGGCCUCACCAACGCCCCGGCGACGUUUCAAGCACUAAUGAACAACAUGCUCCUACCCUUCCUCCACCGGUUCAUGCUCGUUUUCUUUGACGAUAUACUUAUCUACAGCUCGACAUGGGCGGAACACCUGCGGCACGUGCGCACUGUCUUCCAGACGUUGCAGGAUGAUCACCUCCAUUUGAAGCGCUCCAAAUGUGAGUUCGGGCUGACCGCCGUAUCCUACCUGGGCCACCUGAUCUCUAGCGAUGGUGUCGCCAUGGACCAGCACAAGAUCUAGGCCGUCCUCAGCUUCCUCGGCUUGGCGGGCUACUACCGCCGUUUCAUCCGCAACUUCGGCACCAUCGCGGCGCCCUUGAUGGCCCUGCUCCGCAAGGAGGGCUUUCACUGGAAUGAGGCGGUGGCGACGGCAUUCAGCGAGCUGCAACACGCCCUGACGGCCGCACCGGUGCUCCAGUUGCCGGACUUCACCACCAAUUUCAUCGUCGAAUGUGACGCAUCAAGAUCUGAGUUUGGCGCGGUGCUUCAUCAAGGUGGCGGGCCGGUAGCGUUCUUCAGCAAACCCAUCGUGCGCCGCCAUGCGAAGCUCGCUGCAUACGAACGCGAGCUCAUUAGCUUAGUACAGGCGGUCAGGCAUUGAAGACCCUAUCUCUGGGGCAGAUGAUUCAUCGUCCGUACA